AGUUUCUCAGAGAUGAAGAAGAAGCUACAAUCACUGCACUGAGGGAGGAAGAGGAGCAGAAGAAGCAGAUGAUGAAGGAGAAGCUGGAGGAGAUGAACAGACACAUCUCAACUCUUUCACACACAAUCAAAGACAUGGAGGAGAUGAUGAAAGCCAGUGACGUCUGCUUUCUGAAGGAGUUUCCAGUCUUGAUGGAAAGAGUUCAGAGCUCACAGCCGGAUCCACAGAUGGCUUCUGGAGCUUUGAUUCAUGUGCCGCGUUACUUGGGCAACCUGCCGUUCAGAGUCUGGAAGAAGAUGCAGGACAUUGUCCAAAACACUCCUGUGAUUCUGGAUCCAAACACUGCUAAUCCACGUCUCCUCCUGUCUGACGACCUGACCAGUGUGAGACGGAGAAGAAACGAACAACUGCCUCCUGAUAAUCCAGAGAGAUUUGACUGUUAUGACUGUGUUCUGGGUUCAGAGGGUUUCAACUCAGGAACACACUGCUGGGAUGUGGAGGUUAAAGAGAGUUUAGUCUGGAGUCUUGGAGUAACUACAGCAUCAAACCAGAGGAAGGGAAACAUUUUCUUUAACACUGAUGUCUGGUGUGUGUGGUAUGAUCAGUUCAAAUCACAGUUUGGAUGGUGUGGCUUUCUUGUUAAACAGAGGCUUAAGAGUGUGAGAGUGUAUCUGGACUAUGACGGAGGAACCGUGUCAUUCUCUGAUCCUGUAACUAACACACAUCUACACACAUUCACAACCACCUUCUCUCACACACUCUUUCCAUUCUUCUGCAGUCGUUACCCUCUCAGGAUCUUACCGUUCAAUAGUUACAGACAUCCUGUGUAAUAGAAUGAGGAUUGGUUAUGUGUGCAGGUGUAGCGUAACGGGAUUUUGUGAAUGCUAAGGGACAGUGUUUUCAGUGUGGCAGCAUCCAAAACUACAUACUCUCUUCAGUAGGUAUUUAUAUAUACAUAUUAAUUACACACAGUACUCACAUAUAUAUUAUGCAAACUCAGACUUUUAUUUUGUAUGCGAUUAAUCAUGAUUAAUCUUUUGACAGCCCUAAUAUGUUUUGAUUAAUAGAAAUAUUCCACAGAACCUCAUUUGAUUGGCUUCAAGGACCCGCCUUCCUCAUGCUUGAAAAAUUCAUUGAGUGAGAGAAUUGACCCUUCGCCGGGAGUUUGAUUGACAAGCGAUCUAACCAAUCAGAACGCCGAAUCCACCAUUUUGUCCGACAAAGCAGUCAGGAGUAAGAAGAUUAACCUCAGUGGACUUGAACUUGAAAAAUGGAGUGUUGUAGUCAGAGUGAUGAUACAGUGAUAUGAUGAUAUCUGAUAUCUGGAGUCUGUCUUCAGAUCAACACCAGCCUGAUUCACCCACGACAGAUGAAGUCCCUCAGAACGGACCAAAUCAUCACAGGAGAAUUCAGAAUACAACUGACAGGAGAGAGUCACAGAGCGACCUGGACUGAUGUCAGUCUGUGAGGAUGAUGAUGAGGAAACUGAACACAAGACACAAAUCACAGAUGGUUCAAUCAUUAUAGCAACCAAUUGGAUGUCAAUCAAUCUGGUUUCAAGAGUGGCCACUCGACUGAGACUGCACUGCUGUCGGUCACUGAAUCCUUGCGGAUUGCAAAAGCUAAUUCCAAAUCAUCAGUUCUCAUUCUGCUCGAUCUAUCUGCUGCCUUUGACACGGUGAAUCAUCAGAUCCUUCUGCCCAUCCUCUCAUCACUGGGCAUCACAGAUGAUCCCACAGUAGCUGCACAAACCACAAGCUGUCUGGCGGACAUUUCUGCAUGGAUGAAAGAACAUCAUCUACAGCUCAACCUGCCUAAGAUGGAGCUUCUCGUCUUCCCUGCCAAUCCGACUCUAAAUCACGACUUCAGCAUCCAGCUAGGUACAUCCUCAAUUACCCCAUCAAAUUCGGCCAGAAAUCUUGGAGUAAUCACUGAUGACCAACUGACCUUCAAGGACCACAUUGCUAGGCUUGAUUUCGCUAGGCUUGAUUUCGAGCCCAAAAGAGCCCACGUCACGCCUCUCUUCAUCUCUCUACACUGGUUACCACUUGCUGCUCGCAUCAAAUUCAAGGCGUUGACACUUGCUUACAGAUCUACCACAGGCUCAGCACCCUCCUACUUCUGCUCACUCUUACGAGUCUACACUCCUACCAGAAGCCUGCGCUCAUUAAAGGAGCGAAGGCUUGUGGUACCAUCAUAGAGAGGCACAAAAUCACUCUCCAGGACAUUCUCAUUCACUGUCCCUGGCUGGUGGAAUGAUCUUCCUGCCUCCAUCCGGAAUGCAGAAUCCUUGGCAAUAUUCAAAAGACAGCUGAAAACUCAUCUCUUUCGU